AUGCCUCGCGGCAGGUUUUCCCUCAAGCGCAAUGACCCCACCAACGGUCAGCCGCCAACCCCGGUUCUCCUCCCACCAUCCCGAACACUCCCGCCACCCAUUCGCGGCAAGUCAAAGCUCGAGCAGCUUCCCCUCGAGCUUCUGAUGGAGAUCCACUUCCUUCUCCCUUCCAAGCUGCCCGUUCUUUCCAAGACGCUUCUUUCCCUCUUCACGCCACCGGCACUCUCGCUGCGCCAAUGCUUUGCGUACUUUCUCUCCACCCGCUCCUUCAAUCGGUGCAAGGACAACGACGAGCGAGCCGAGUGGUUCUUCAAGCUGCCCGCCUUCCUCCAGACGCGCGAGGCACUCCUCUUCUUCCUACACGAGCUCUACUUCCGCCCCGAUGCACCGUACGCCUUCACGCUGGCUUUCCAGGCACCGUUCGAUCCCUGGCUCGUCGUCUUUAGCGAUCACAUUUUGCCCGCUCCCUCGAUGUUGCACUUUGUGUACCACCAUCUGCCCACAAGCGCAUACCGCGCCUGUCAAGCAGUCUGGGCACUCCUCAUGGCCGGCGAGUGGGAGUAUGCAAAGGUGUUCCUCGAAUGCGGUGCCGAUCCGAAGGCAAUGUCGCUGCGCGCGCUGAAUGAGCACCGUUGGGUUAACACCACUCGCGUGGACGGUGUCCCUUCGCAACUGCAGCGCCGAGGUGAGAGCUGGCCCGUCUCCGACAUUGCCUCUCGUACACUCUGCAGCUGCGGACACGAGUGCCACGCGCAGCCCGCUGGCCCAGCGCAGGCGGAGAUCCUCUCGCUCCUGACGACAAACCGCCGCCGCCUCGCCAAAGGCGCGACGGACCGUUUCGCCCCCGCCCCCAACUCGCGUGUGAACGAGCUGGCUAAAAUUGCCCCGCGCAGCUGGAAGAUUAACCUCCACGACUUCAUGCUGCCGCAGAACGGCACGGUGGGCCGCAUCCCCACCCCCUACGCCGAGACGGGCCGCACCCUCAUCUCGUACUCGAGCUCGAGGCACCGGAACAAUCUCGCGGCCCAGUUUGUCGACGAGUACCUCGACACGCUGUUCAGGACGUUUGGGGAGAUGUACACGCCACCAACGCAGGCGCCGAUUCUGGCAUCGGCGGUGCUGCCAUCGACGGGCUCGCCGUGA